CCGAGAACCAGGAAUCGCAGUGCAGUGUGAGUUUAGUUGGUAGCUGCUCCAUUCCAGAUAAUCGGAUACCAAGGCGUGCGAGUACAGAGUCAGAGCCAGUCGCUACAAGCACGUCACAAGCCCCAGCAGAAUACCAUAUUCACUCCCCAAGUCCCAGUACAAUAUUGUGGAAGAAAAUCACCGCUCAAGGUAUCACCAUGGAUACUCCCGAGAAGAAACCCGUACUCUCCUUAUCCGAGACCAUGGAUAAAUACAGCCAGUAUGAGGGGUCUACGCCUAGGGAAAAGCUCAGGAACGCAUAUGCCCAAUUACGCGCAAAGACCAACCCUGGGCCUGAUGCAAGUGCGACGCCAUCGUCCGCUGGAGACAUAGAGCCUUCUGCUCCUGUAUCUCUACCCGAGACAGCGGCUCCGCUCAGUGUUCGAGUCGAUAAAGAGCCUACACAUCAUACAGAUGUCGAGGCAGACCCGGCUACUACAAUUCCCACCGUCGAGCCGGUGGAGAUGGAACCUCCUCAACUUUCCGACGUACAGACUAUUCACCCCAGCGCAUUGUCAGUACAUUAUGCCGAAGAACCGACGCCUGGCUCGGUUCACCUUGGUCCGUCAGAGUUCGCUGUGCCGCUGCCGAUGGAUUCCAGGAUUAAAGAUGACUAUGAACGGGUCUUGACUAGUGAAAGCGAGAGCAUUCACGAUUUUCUUGGCAUGACAGGUGCCCAAUCUGCCACCGAGCACCAGCGUGGACCCCUCUUGUCGAAAAUGCAAGAGAUCCUAGAGCGCCUGGGCAAUAUCUCGACUCAUCCGGAUCUGAAUAUCGUCGAUCACAUCAAAGACUCGCAGUCGGAGCUGGGCAGGGAGGCUGCCUGGGCCGAGUACUCGAGUGCAAAAUUCUUGCUCUUAAGUUACCUCCUGGAUGCUGCCAGCAUGCAUGAUAUACACUUGGUGAUCAUGGUGCAAGGCGAGAAGACUCAGCGGGUUGUGGAACGUUACUUCAUGGGAAAGGGUCUGUCGUAUACGCGCCCACGCGAUGAAAUGGGAGCGGGUUCGAAUAUUGAGGUAUCCAUGGUCAAGGAUUCCCUCAGCUUCGGAAUUCAAACCACGCGCAACGAGGGGAUCGUGGAGACCUACAAAGCCCCUGCUGCCAUCAUUGCUUUAGAUACAUCGUUCAACACCAAGAGCCCCACGGUGGAACAUAUGCGGACCACUUUUGCUCGCCAUGGAAACCUACUGCCGGUGAUCCGGCUAUUGGUGUCCAACUCCAGUGAGCAUAUUGAGCUUUGCUUCCCGGGUCUGCCCGAAACCGAGCGCGUCCGGUUACUCUUACAAUAUUCUAUUCGUCUCCGUGACACGGUUGGCGACCUUCAGGAUGACGCGCUCGGGGUCCAAGAGGAUGCAGAGGAGCUUCUGGCGUGUCUUGAAUCAGAUAACUUCAGCGCCCAUUGGCCCUUACCUCGUAUCGAGCCUAUCCGCAUUCUGAGCCCUGACCAACUGGAGUCUGCCCAGCAAGAGCUGCAGAGUCGACCUGGUAUCGAUAUCCCAUCGGUGGCCCCUCAGGUCCAAAAACGAGCAUUUGCCGAAGAUGGGACCGAGCAGGCCGUGAAGAGAAUGAGAACGGAGGAGCCACUAGAAGCAAGUCAGUUCACCGAAUCAACUAAAACCCCCAGUCAAAGUUUGGAUGGCGAACUCCAAUCACUCGAGAGAAACCUUGUUCAGAUGAAAAGCUCGCAUGCCACAGAAAUUGAAAAACUCCAGAAACUCUUGACGGCGGCCCAGACGCGUCUCCAGGAGAGAGAGCGCGUGCUGGACAAGCUUCAACACCGCUACGAGACCCGGAACAGAGACUUUCACAAACUUCGACGGGAGCACGACCGUCUGACUCAAGCCAAAGCCACCGCGGACCAGCGGGUAGAAAAGCAAAAGGAAGAACUCAUGAAGCUCAAAGACGAGCGCACCCAGCUCCGACACGACCUCGAGGAGGCCCGCGAGACCAUCAAGGCCGGCGGGGGCAGCACGGCCGAACUCGAGUCAGCCAAGGAAGAAAUCCGGCGUCUCACCAAGGACAACGCCGCGCUGGAACGCAAAGCUGACUACGAAGCUCGACAAGCCGAGUACACGCGCGAGCAAUACCAAACCGCCUCCACCGUGGCAGCCCAAUCCGGCAACGAACUCCGCCAACUCCGCGACGAGAACGACACCCUCAAACGCAAAGUCGCCGGAGACGCCACUCAUCUGCGCGAACUCAACCAAAAGAACGACGAAGCCCGCCAUCUCUCCCGCGUCCUCGAACUCGAAGCAACGCUCACCUCGCGGGAAGAUCUGCUGCGCAGAAAGGAGGAGGAACUUCGGGAAAUUCGCAAAAACCGGCCGUCGACCCGCUCGACCAGCACACAGCCGCGAAGCCCCAAAUGGACUGCAGGUAAUAGCCGGCCCACGAGCCCUGGCAUCAACAAUGGUUCAUCGCUUGCAGGUCGCGGUAGUGCGCUCAGAUUCAGCUCCGAAAUGCCACUUUAGUUCACCCACCAUCCACUUCCAUUGAUCCGGCUACUACAACCCCAUCCAGCCAACGCCCUCCUCUCUCUCUCUCCUCUAUCCUCUUUCGUCCUCCCCCUUGCAGACACACUAUGCAGCUACUCCAACUCCUCGGAACUGAAUGCAACAAUACCACACAUCACACAACACACCGAUUAUCUCAUCCUCCGAAUCGGCCUUUGCCUCUC